CACAGAAAAUAAAAUAUUAUUAUAAUAAUUUUACAGCAAAUUAGAAACUACACGCGAGAUAAUAACUCAAAACAGUUGUGAUUUUAAUCUGAAUAAGCAAAGACCUUUAAAUCAAAAGUUCCCAAAAAAUAACAGACGCCUCAAAAAUCUAACGGAAAUAUAUUAAAUAAUUUUAAUUUAAUUUAAAUUGAAUACAAUAAUGACACAACAAUUGUGGGGAGGUCGUUUUGGUAAAAAUGCCGGCAAAACUAAUGAGUGUUUAGCCACGCUCAAUUGCAGUUUACCCGUGGAUUCCAGACUCUUUGCCGAUGACAUAGAUGGCAGCAAAGCUUAUGCGGAAGCUUUGAAAAAGGCGGGCUAUUUGACGGCCGAAGAAUGUGAAAAGAUUUUGACGGGCCUAGAAUUGGUGCGCUAUGAUUGGAUAGAGGGUUUAAUGAAAUUCUUGCCCUCCGAUGAGGAUGUGCACACGGUCAAUGAACGUCGUUUAACCGAAUUGGUGGGUGAUGUUGGUCAACGUUUGCAUACCGGACGCAGUCGUAAUGAUCAGGUUAUUACUGAUAUGAAACUUUGGCUGCGCAAGGCCAUACGUGAAACCUGCUCCAGCAUGCGUAAGCUUAUGGAAAGCAUGACCCAGCAAGCUCAACAACAUUUGGGAGUUUUAAUGCCCGGCUACACGCACAUGCAAAGGGCUCAAACUGUGCAAUUUUCCCACUGGCUAUUGUCACAUGCCUUUGCCCUGCGUGAGGAUUGCUUGAGAUUAUGUGAUGUACGCAGUCGUUCGAAUGUUUUACCCUUGGGCAGUGGUGCCCUGGCCGGUAAUCCUUUGCAAAUAGAUCGUGUUUGGUUGGCGGAACGUUUGGGUUUUGCCGCUGUUACUGCCAACAGCAUGCAUGCUGUGGGCGAUCGUGAUUUUGUUGUGGACUUUAUUUACUGUUGUUCCAUGGCUGGUCUGCACUUAUCACGCCUGGCCGAAGAUUUGAUUAUAUACGCCACCAAAGAGUUUGAUUUCAUACAAAUCUCCGAUGAUUUCUCAACAGGCAGCAGUUUAAUGCCACAAAAACGUAAUCCUGAUAGUUUAGAGCUAGUAAGAGGAUUGUCGGCCAAUCUAUGUUCUCUAUUAACCGGAGUCAUGAUGACCAUUAAGGGAACUCCAUCAACAUAUAACAAAGAUUUGCAAUUUGAUAAACACUACUGUUUUGAGGCUUUUGAUAAAUUACAACUGGCUUUGGCGGUAACUGAGGGAGUGGUGAAGACCAUGAAGAUAAAAAUGCAAAAAAUGGAAAUGGCCUUGAGUUCAGAUAUGUUGGCCACCGAUUGGGCUUAUUAUCUGGUACGCAAGGGAGUACCCUUCCGCAAGGCCCAUCACUAUAUAGGCGCUGUGGUGGCCCAUGCUGAACGUAUGUCUUUGGAAAUUACCGAAAUUCCCUUAGGAGACUUACAACAAAUUUGUCCUCAUUUCGAUGUGGACAUUGCCAAAGUUGCAGACUAUGGUGGCAAUGUGGAGCAAUAUGAUGUUAUAGGUGGCACUGCCACCAUUUCGGUAACAGAACAAUUGAAAUUAUUGGGGGAAUUUAUUAGUGGUUUAAAGAAAUUAGAAUGAUGGAUUUUUGAAGGUUUCUUUUGUUAAUGUUUUGCUAACCUUCUGUUUUUUGGGGUUUUUUAUUUACACCAAAUAUUAUUAUUUAAUUAAUUAAUGUAUAUUACAAUUUAUUGAUAAAAUAAUUAAAAAUUUUAAAUU